AUGUUCGAGUAUCACGAUGCUCCUAUAGGAGGACAUCGUGGCCGCGAGAAAACAUAUCUCACGGUGAGUCGAGACUUUUACUGGCCCCGCCAGUAUCAGUUUGUGCGAAAGUAUGUUCGCGCAUGCGAAGUCUGCCAACGAGUGAAGUCAAGUCCUUCACUGCGUGCACCCUUACAGCCUCUACCGGUUCCGGCUGAGUGCUGGGAAUCCAUCUCAAUGGAUUUUGUCUUCGGGUUACCCAAAGACGCACGCGGGAAUACGGGUAUUCUCGUAUUUGUUGACAGAUUCAGCAAAACGGUACACCUUGUGGCUGUACCAGAGACAAUCACGGCAAGUGGCUGUGCUUGUGUCUUUAUUGACACCAUCUUCCGACUUCAUGGGUUGCCCCGUGAACUCGUAUCAGACAGAGAUCCACGCUUCACUGCUGAUUUCUGGCGUUCCGUGUUCAAAUCACUCGGAACGCGCUUGAAGAUGUCGACAUCUGAUCAUCCAGAGUCAGAUGGUCAGACGGAACGUGCCAAUCGUGUCCUUGAAGAGAUACUUCGAGGAUACGUACACUCCUUUAAGAGUUGGAGUGAGUUUUUGCCAAUGGUAGAGUUUGCCAUUAGCAACUCGGUGCAUGCGUCCACGACACAUACACCGUUUUACGUGAAUGGCUUGCGCCAUCCACGUGUACCCACCCUACUAGAGUGUAACUCUGGUUUAAGGGGGGGAGGGACUCGCGCGAGCAAAAACCGAUUUGGUUCACGCUCAUCACGCUCUGACGAAGAAGUCAUUGCGUUUGAUGCCGAUAUCGAUAACAUCGAUAUCGAAGAAGAUGAUGCCAGUUAG